AUAUAUUGUUGAUUUUCCCAUAACUAAAUUAAUAUUUUCUCUUUAAUAAAAAAACAUGUAGGAUCAUGGAUCCACUAUGUUGGGUAUGACUAAAAAAACAAACAUCAAGAUAUAUAUAGCCAACACUUUCUAAUAAAUAAGAAUACAACUCUUUUCCAAUCAUCCAAGAGACAACACCAAUAUGGAGCUCUUCUUCCUUUGUGGUGUCAUUGUAUUUGUCUUCCUAUGUCUAGCAUCCCUCCUCCUCAUCUACAACCACAACUCGAGUCGGGGGUAUUCGCUACCCCCGGGAAAAAUGGGGUGGCCGGUGGUGGGCGAGUCGUUGGAGUUUUUGUCGACCGGGUGGAAGGGUUACCCGGAGAAGUUCAUUUUUGAUAGGCUUAACAAGUAUAAACCAAGUCUAGUGUUUAAGACAUCUAUAUUUGGAGAAAAGGUUGCAAUUAUGUGUGGUGCUACGUCUAACAAAUUUUUAUACUCCAAUGAGAACAAAUUAGUACAAGCUUGGUGGCCUAAAUCAGUUGAUAAAAUCUUCCCUUCUUCUACACAAACUUCUUCUAAAGAAGAAGCUAAGAAAAUGAGGAAACUCCUUCCUAACUUCCUCAAGCCUGAGGCUUUACAAAGAUACAUACCCAUCAUGGACACAAUUGCCAUUCGACACAUGGAAUCCGGGUGGGAAGGUCAGGACAAGGUAGAAGUCUUCCCAUUAGCAAAACGAUACACAUUCUGGCUCGCAUGCCGACUCUUCCUAAGCAUUGAAGACCCUGUCCAUGUAGCCAAAUUCGCAGAUCCAUUCAAUGACAUUGCAGCAGGGAUCAUCGCAAUGCCAAUUGAUCUUCCAGGGACACCCUUUAACAAAGGAAUCAAGGCUUCUAAUAUUGUUAGGAAAGAAUUAAGAGCCAUUAUCAAGCAGAGGAGGUUAGAUUUAGCAGAUGGCAAGGCUUCUCCAACACAAGAUAUACUGUCUCAUAUGUUGUUAACUCCUACUGAAGAUGGGAGGUUUAUGAAUGAGGCUGAUAUUGCUGAUAAAAUCUUGGGUCUUCUUAUUGGUGGUCAUGAUACUGCUAGUGCUGCUUGUACCUUUGUUGUUAAGUUUCUUGCUGAGCUUCCUCAUGUUUAUGAAGGUGUCUAUAAAGAGCAAAUGGAGAUAGCAAAAGCAAAGGCACCAGGAGAACUUCUAAAUUGGGAGGACAUACAAAAGAUGAAAUACUCAUGGAAUGUGGCUUGUGAAGUGAUGCGUUUAGCCCCUCCACUUCAAGGUGGUUUUAGAGAAGCCAUUACUGACUUCAUGUAUAGUGGAUUCCAAAUUCCCAAAGGAUGGAAGCUAUAUUGGAGUGCAAAUUCAACACAUAGGAACCCAGAAUGCUUCCCAGAACCAGAAAAAUUCGAGCCAUCGAGAUUCGAAGGGAACGGGCCAGCACCAUACACAUAUGUUCCCUUCGGAGGAGGACCAAGAAUGUGUCCAGGCAAAGAAUACGCCAGGUUAGAGAUAUUAGUGUUCAUGCACAAUGUUGUUAAGAGAUUUAAAUGGGAAAAAGUUCUUCCUGAAGAGAAAGUUAUCGUUAAUCCCAUGCCUAUUCCUGAGCAUGGUCUUCCGGUUCGCCUUUCUCCUCAUCCACAACCUGUAGUUGCUUAAUUAUUUGGGUUUAUGCCCCUUUUUUUUUUUUUGGGAUUGUAGAAGGGUUGUGGUUGUGGAGGUAGUAUUGUACAAUUUCAUGGGAUAUGUACUAUAUGUUUGCAUCAUGAUGCAUAUGUGUAUAUUUUCCCAAGUGUUAUUGAUUUGUUAUAUGAAUUUGAAUAAGAUUGAUAUAGGAUUAAGAUAUAUGAAAUAAUACUUUGUUUUGUUCUA